GUGCAAAUGGGGUACACCAAGUGGUGUACGCCUAGCAGGACUCAGUUGAGGGUGGGCAGGCUAUAACGCGAUACACAAAAGGUGAAAAGGAAUAUCAUGAUUUAGUAGACAGGGAGUCGGUCGGUUCGGAAACUGCGCUCCGGAAACUGUUCAUCGACGGGCGGGAGAGUCGCUGAGAAUCCUUCACACCGACAACUGGCGGAAACUAGUUUUUUUUGAAUCUAAUAAGGUGGAUGGUUGGUGAGGAUGAUACACAAGGUUGAGUUUCCUGCAUGUCUCCGCAGAUAGGGCUGAGCUUCGCACAUGCCUCCUCGAACAGGGCUGAGCUUCGCACACAAUGGCUAAGCAAUGCGUCUCUGUAGUCUGUACAUUGCUGAGCUCCGUCCUAGCUGAGAUUGAGAUUCAUAAGGACAACCUUAAUCCGGAGCAACCACUCGAGAGUAGAAAAUGACAAAGUUGUGCAAGGGUUUAGCCAUCGAAGUGGUGAAAUGCCUCAAUGAAUCUGACUUCGUCAAAGUUCAGAAUCGGCCAUACAGAGAAUGCACAGUGAAGAGUUCAUCUAUUUCCAGUGAGUGCGUUGAUUUGAGAGAGACCUACUUCAGUUCCAAGAGAGAACUGAGAGAUCUAUUUGAUGAAGAGAAAGAGCUAACACGUCCUCUAAAGAAAAAAUCUAAAAUAUCUAUGGGGGAUGAGGGUAGAGUAUAUCAUCUGGAAAGUUCAAAAGAUCUUACUAGUGGAGUUCCUCGCACCGUUCCUGAACGGUGCAUUGAACAUUGCAAACUGUUUCUCCCAGAUUCUGAAUUUGGAAAGGAUCAAUUGGUACAGAUGUGGGUUGCUGAAGACUGCAUUGAGUUACGAGUGGCGGAAAGACUGGAGAAUGUUGGUUAUUCGUACUUUGAUGCGUUGGUCCGUGAAAAAGUCAUUGUACCUUCAAAGUUUGAUAAAGUUCAUAGAGAGAUGAAAUACAAAUUCAAUACCUCUCAAGUGUCAGAUGGGCUCCUUAACCAGGGUAACUAUUUGAGGAUCAAUGCAUGUGAGUUGGGCACGAUCCGCAGAGAGGCCUUGCAUCUAACAUGGCAGUGUAAGAAGAUUGAUCAAACCUUUUUUGAUGUUUUGAAAAAUUUCAAACAAUUGCAUACGCUUGUGGUGAAUGAAGGUUGUUCUGAUUUGAUAACGAUACUGCCCCAUGACAUCUUUCUGGGAUUUAGAUUCUUAAGAACAUUGGAUUUGAGUCGCACUCAUAUAGAAGAGAUUCCAGGUUCAAUUGGAAAGUUGGAAUCACUACAAUACCUCGACUUCUCUGGUACUCCCAUCAAGCAGCUACCUGACUCAACGGAUCGCUUGCAUCGUCUGCAAACAUUAAAUCUUAAAACUUGCUUUGCACUGUUUACUUUACCAAGAGGAUUGGGGAUGUUAGUUAACCUCCGCCAUCUAGAUUUUGACAUUGCUAGCCAAUUGAAGUCCAUGCCGAAAGGGAUUGGAAAUUUAAUAAAGCUUCAAACUUUACGAGCAUUCAUUGUGGGGAAGAAUGAUGGGUGUGGCAUAAGAGAGCUGAAACGCAUGAAUGAGAUUGCAGGGUCUUUUUGUAUAUUAGGGCUUGAAAAUGUGUCCAAUGCGGAGGAAGCAAAGGGAGCCGCACUAUCAGAAAAACAGUAUAUUGACAAGCUGGAGUAAAAAUGGCGUUGUGGUGGCUUUGACAAUUUUCAAGAUGCAGCUGGAAUUUUAGAAUCACUGCAACCACAUUUUGGCCUGAAAGAGUUACAGUUGACAUUUUAUGGGGGAUCAAAACUUCCGAGGUGGAUAAGCAAUCCAGCCUAUGCUGAUCUUGCCAGCAUCACUCUGUACAAGUGCAUAAAUUGUGAGAUCCUGCCCUCCAUCGGGGAGCUUCCUUCUCUGAAGAUUCUCCACAUAUUCGACAUGGAAAAUGUGAGGAACAUCAACGCAGUUUUUUGCAGGAAUCAUGAAACAAAAUUGGUUAAAGCAUUUCCAAGGCUGGAAAAAUUGACUAUUGAUACCAUGCCUACCCUUGAAGAAUGGACUGGAGUUGAGGAUGGGGACUUCCCCCGCCUUCGCCGCAUCUCAGUAAGAUAUUGCCCUAAACUUCAUCUUCUUCCAUCUCUGUUGCUUCUGUGUUCUCUUGAACACUUGGAGCUCCGUGACUGCAGGCAGCUAGUUUCUGUGACCCAAGGGUUAUUGCCGAGUAGGCUUGAGUCUCUAAUCAUUAGGGGCUGCCCGGGAAUAAAUCGGAGGUGCGGCGAGGAUGGAGGACUAGAGUGGUUGAAGGUCCCCUCUCUAAGGGACGUAUGGAUUGACUUUAAAAAAAUAUCCUUAGAGUAAGUUGUUCAGAGCCAUUGACAGUGACACACUGACACCACAUGCAUGUUUCUUUCCCUCGGCCACUUUACACGACCUUCUCCAACAAUGAUCCGACCACCAAUGUGAGAUCAAUGUUCACUCACACGUCGUCUUCACCGCUAGUUUUUUAAACAUAAUCUUCUGUUUCUUGGGAGCCUCUUAUUUUGAUUUUGGAUGUUGUUAUUAAUUCUUGUUAGUACUUUCAGAAGCAUUUCCAUCUUUGUUAUGCAAACAUUCAAAAGGAGCAUGAGAUGGGUUGCUUCAAUGUUAAUGCUAGUGGUUGCAGAUCUCAGUUUCCCUCAGUUGUUUCUUCCCAGGAGGUUUGGUUGCUGUUGCUUAUGAACACACUGUUUUUUCUUAUG